GGAAGAAUACACCGCAACGGUUACAACCACUGGGUUUUGCUCUGGGGGAUCUGGAGAUUCCGGUGUAUGCAGGUUCCAUAUAGUCCUGUACACGUUGAUGUCUUUUGAGAUGGAUGCUGUAUCUGUGGUGAUGCACCUGAGGGAAUUGGCUUUAGAUCCUCAAAACAGACCAACUAUAGUUAAUGAUAAGAGCUGUAUCGCAGGCCUCAUUCUGUUCCUUAGCCAUAAUGACCCACGUGUGGUAGAAUCUGCUCUUGAGACCAUUCAUUGUCUUUGUGGAAAUCGUACUCAUUGUGAAAUAAUGAGAAAUGAGCUUGGAAUGAUGAUGAGCUUGGAAAAUAUAAUAAACAGGUGCGAGCGAGCAGAGAACAUCAGACUCCUUGCACAGAGUAUUCACACACUGCUAAACGUACCUGUUCAUAUGUGCACACCAGAAGCAAAUAACCGGAAGAACAUAUCGCAGUUUUUCAUAACCAGCUGCAACAAGAGAGCAAAAACUAUAACCCUUCAUAUUCAUGGACUUGAUAACAUGGAAAAAAAGACUCUAUGUGAAGAAGCAUUGCUGAAGGUCAAAGGUGUGAUCAGUUUUACUUUUCACUUAGCCAUAAGAAGGUGCACUGUCCGUGUAAAACCCGAUCUUGCGACUGAGUGUAUAACUUCCGCUAUUGCAGAAACAAAUGUUCUAAUGGCGCAGCAGGUGAUACAGAAUGAAUCCGGAAAAGAGGUGUAUGUACCACUGCCAAAGACGAAUAUUGCUGUUGAACAUAAUUCACGUCUGCCAGACUAUUUGCCUGAAGAAGAGAGCCCCCAGAAAGAUUUAGAAAAGGCUGUGGCACAGAUUGGGACAAAGGAUAAGAAUCAUGGAGGUUGGAUAAAUGCUGCAGCUAAUUUUCUUACAAAGACAUUUUAUUGGUGACCCAGGUGUUUAUAAAAAUAGUAAAUUAGUAUGUGUAGAAUAUUUGUCAUAUUUAUAUAUGUGAUAUAAGUGUUAAAGGGACAUUAAACCCACAUUUUUUAUUUCAUGAUUCAGAUAGAGAAUACCAUUUUAAACAACUUUCUAAUUUACUUCUAUUAUCUAAUUUGCUUCAUUCUCUUGAUAUUCUUUCCUGAAAAGCAUAUCUAGAUAGGCUCAGUAGCUUCUGAUUGGUGGCUGCACAUAGAUGCCUCAUGUGAUUGGCUCACCAAUAUGCAUUGCUAUUUCUUUAACAAAGUAUAUACAAAGAUUGCAGCAAAUUAGAUAAUAUAAGUAAAUUGGAAUAUUGUUUAAAAUUGUAUUUUCUAUCUGAAUCGUGACAGAAUUUUUUUGGGUUUAAUGGCCCUUUAAAUCCCUGUAUUUGUUGUUGUGUGUUUUGUUUUUGUUUUUAAUUUGUUAACACUAAAUUUAAAAUAUUUUGUAACUUUUGAAUUCUGGUACUUGUAAGACAACACUUUAGAAACAGGAAUAAAUACUAUACCAGUUGAAAGUAUUUUACAAAAGAUAUAUAAAAAGUUU